AACAAACUCCUGGGCACAUCUGUAAGGGAGUUUGCAGAUCAACUGAAUUGGGAAAACCCGCCCUAAACAGGGCAGCACCUUUCCACGUGGGGGUGGGGUGGGGCUGAGGUGUCUUGGGCUGGAUAGAAAGGAGAACCUGAGCUGGCAUGUGCUUAUUGCUGUCUGCAUCCUGACUGCAGAUGCGGAACAGAUCUCAGGUUCAGGCUCCUGCUGCCAUCCUUCCCUGCCAUGACACACUGAACCCGGAACUGUGAGCCAAAACUAUCUUUUGCUUUCUUAAGUGAGUGUGAGGAGAUGAAGGCCACUAUGCAGAAAUGUGUGCAGACCCCUAGGCACAGCAAGGAAGCCCUGAACAGGCUCAACCAGGCUAUCCAGCAGCUGAAGAUGGAGCCUUGUGAACUACAGAAAAGCAAAGACUUGGAGGCCAUGCCGGAUGUGGCCUCAGGCAGUGCUAAGGACAAACUGGCCUGGCUGGAGGCUGCCCUGCAGCGAGCCAAGCAGGACAUGGCUCGGCAGCUACGUGAGUACCAGGAGCUCAUGAUCGUCAAACUGGGCCUGGACUUUGAGAUCGCCACCUACCGAAGGCUGCUGGAGGUUGGGGAGCAGAGGCUUGGUCUGGGACUCCAAGCAGGGAGUGUGGCUCCCAGAGGUGACGUCACUGGAGACAGAUCCUCUCCAAGGGCACCCGGAGUCAGUUCCUAUGGCCUGGACAUGAGCGCCCCUGGUGGUGGCUGCUCUCUCUGCAGCUCCGCCGGCUGUGUAGGAGGCUUUGGCUGCCUUGGCUCCGGUGAAUGUUGAACCACUCCCUCCGGAGAAGACUAGAAAUUGUUGCUUCUGCCCAAAGACAUGGCCCUCUUGUUUCAGAUUCCCUUCUUCCCCACAGAGCUGACCCUAUUCUCCCUUCCCCCUUUUGCACCUCACCUGGAAGUAGACGGGACUCUGGUGUGUCAUCCUGUA